AUGAGUGCUAGUGUUGCAGGUGAUCUAUCAGAUCGAGAAAUGAUUGAAUUUUCAGAAGACGAACAUUUGACUUUCUUUUUUAAUAUUGAUCAAGUAUUAUAAACUAUAACUACAAGGUUUAUAAUGAAAUCCCAGGAGUUAUAUAAAAUUAUGGCACUUUUUCAUAAUCACUUUAAAUAUCAAGAUAAAUUUCAAAUGCCAUUAUUAAAAAUGCUAUAGGAGAAGCUUAAGAAAGAGUAAUCAUUCUUAAUUUAUUAAUAAAGUUUAUCCUUAGAAAUAUACCUAUUAAUGCUAUGAAUGAAAUUGAAGCUGAAACUAAACUUUUGUUGAAUGCUUAAUUAAAUGAUGGAGGAAUUGAAGUUUAAACAUGUAAUUUAAUUGAAGAUCAAGAGCCAGUAUUUUAUUAUUCUAUAUUUAUUAAGGAACCCAUCUUUUGUGAUAGAUGGAGAAGAAACAGAAUAUAAAUGAUGAAUGGUAAUAUUAUAUCAAACUAAAUCAUAUAGAAUUAGAAAAUUAUGAUAAAGAUCAAACUGAUUGUAAUGAUCCCAAUAACAAAAUUGUUGAUGGUUUAAAAUAAACAAACAAUAGGAAUUCAGAUUAUUAAGCAAAUAUUAUUAAAAGAAAUACUAUUAGAUUACCAACAACACCUUAACCAAAAAAUUAAUUUGAAUCUAGAUUAAUCUCAAUUUAUUAGGAAGAAUUUGAAGAUGAAUUUGAAGAUAAGUUAAGAAAUGCUAAAUUAUAUGAAAUGAAAAAAAAAAAUGAAAUUGAAUAAAAAAAAAAAGAAGAUAAAUUAUAAAGUCAAGUAAACUAUAUAUUAAUAAUUGUAGAUUGAAAAAAAAGAUGGAGGAUCAUCAAAAUAUACUUAUGAUUUUGAUGGCAAAAUAUUAUUAGCUAGAGCUGUUAAAAUGGAUAAAUUGUAACCAACUAAUCAGAAAUUAAAAAUUGAAUUAAAAGAACCAUAAAAAAUAGAACAAUAGUAGUAACCAUAAAAAAAAUAAGGAAAAAGAGAUUCCACUAAAAUUAAUAAACCAUAAUGUCCUGAACAGGAAAUACCAAAUAGAGUAUAAUAUUUACACAUAAGGUUUUAUAAGAACGCAAAGAUGCUGCUAAAGAAGUUAUAGGGGAUAAAGCAUUAAGAGUUGAUAAAACAUCCCAAUUUCCUUAUGAAGUUUUUACUAUGAAUAAUGGAGUUAAGUUGUAUUUUGAACACAAAAUGAAAGAAGGAGUAAGACAUCAAAUAAGUGAUUCUGCUGAACAUUUAUAAAUAAAAUUAUCAGGUUCAAAUCUACUAUCUGGUGAUGAUGUUUAAUAAUUUGCUUCUCAAAUUAGAUUAACAAGAGCUGAAUAUUAAUUAUUAACAGAUGCUUAAACUUUGUAGGCUACCAAAUCUUAAUUUAUGCCAAGUGAAACUAUUAAUGUUCCUGAACAUGAUUAAUAAAAUCAAUAAUCUAUUUUGUUAAAAAAAAAAUUAGGAGAGAUAGCCAAAUCUGAGUUUCCAUUAGAUGCAAAAUAAGUGCAAUUCAAUACUGGAGCUAAUUUAUUAUAGCCUUUAAAAAAAGAACAUCCUUCUUAAUAAGCUUCUUAAACUGAAAGAAUUUAAUUAAAAAAUGUUAGGAUGAUAGAAAAUUUAAUAGUAACUACAUUACCAGAUACUCCUAAAUCAUCUAAAUAAGAGCCUCCUCUACCUUAAAUUCCAGAUGGAGUGUCUAAGUAUAUUUAAAACUAAUUUUCAUAGAAAUCCUGUUGACAUUUUUAAUUAAUAGUUGUUAAAUUAAAAAGAAUGGGGCAAACAAAUGGGAGGUAAAACUACUUACUUUCCUCCUGUCAAGUAACAAAAAAGAUCCUUAGAAACCAAAGUUUAUAAAGGAACUUUAGAAUAAAUGUAAAUCUUUUUCUAUUUGUACUUUUUAGGUAUAAAAUGCCAAGAGAAAGACUUGUCGCUUAAACAGGCAGAACAGCCAUGAACUUUUAUAAAUCUAAUUAGGAUGGUAAUUUUUAAAUUUAUUUUUAGGAUCAAAAAAGAUAACUAAAUCUCUAACUGAAGGAUUUAUGUAAACAUUUUAUACAACUCAUUCUAAAUUUAGUGAUAAACUAAGAUAAUGA